AUGACCGACAUGCGUUGUUGUGUCAAUGCCAUCGCGUCAUCGCAAUUCCAACGAUCCGCCGUGUCGCCACUCGCCAUGGCCGGCUCUCGCUCCUCCCAACGAUCCACCGUCUCCUCGCGCUCCACCACCCCGCACGCCGCAUCUUCCGGCACAAACUCCGGCGCCAAUUUCGGCGGAUCCUCCGCUUCCGCGUCCCCAUCCUUCCUCUCCCGCGCGUUUCCCGCUCUGGCCGCGUCGGUUCUCGCGCUAACGGCCGUCGUCUUCGCGAUCACCUACUCGAGGCCGUCGCUUGGGCGAUGCGACUUACUGCAGCUGCAACUACUGGGACGAAAGGGCGAUGACCUGGGGAAGCACCUGAAAGUGCUGGAGAAGCAGAUGAAUUACAACAAAAAGCUCGUGGGUGUGCUACAGGCAUCGCUCGCAAAGCUGACGGCUGCUGACUCAGCAGUUGCAGCAGAGCCGGACACGUCAGCGCCUGCUGACACGGCAAUCCCUUCGAACGCCAGCACGCGCCAGCUGGUCGAGCUGGCAGCACGACAGGUGGCGGAUGAAGUCCGGGCAUCAAUGGAGGAAACAGACCUUGCGCGUUUGCGGGAUGUUAUCGGUGCUACAGUGCGCAGAACAGGCAAGUGGACCGCCGCCCUUGCCGCCCGCUCCUGCCCGCAAUGCCCCGACUGCUCCCUCACUCCGCCGUCCACAAUCGGGCCGGUCUGCACUGCGCCGGGAUUCGUCAACUGCAGCUGCCCGAGCGGGCAGUCGGGCAGGCUUAAGUUUCCGAAGCGGACCGAGAAGCCGCUGUGCACGGACGGCGCGUCGCCGGGCAGGUGGAAAAGCUACAGCCAAUGGGAGGCCGACAACUGUCAGUACCGAGAGAUUUCGACAGACAGCCUUAGGGAAUGCCUGAAAGGGAAAUGGAUACACUUUUUUGGAGACUCGCUGUCGCGGUUACUGGCAAAUGAAUUUGCGAGGCAGUGUGGGAUGCAGCGUAGGUCGUGGGAUGGUGACAAGGCAAGGAGCACGUUGCUGGAUACCAGGGCGGAUCAACAGGUGGCAGAGGGGGGGAACGGAGGCGGUGGGGGAAGGAGGAGGAGACUGGCAGGUGGUGUGAUGCUAGAGGGAAGAGGAGGUAGAGGAGGCGGAGGAGGAGGAGGGGCGGUUGAUGCUGGUUGGUUAAAUGGGGGGGCAGGUGGGGGUGAGAGAGCAGCAUAUGGGGACUGGGAUGGAAUGGAGGGAGGGGAGAUGGAGGAGUGGGAGGUGCCUCAGGAUUUGAGAAGUGAACGAGAGGAGGAGAGUGUGGGAGAGGACGAGAGGAGGGUGGGCGGCAGGAGGCGGCUGCUUAUGUCGCGGGACGAGUGGCCGCGAGUGACUUAUCUGUUUCGAGGGAAGAUGGCACAUCAGCGGCACCCGGAGGAGAACGCCACAGAGGAGCGGGAUCUGAACAACAAGUUCCUGGAGUCGUUUAAGCAGCCCGGGGGGCAGCAGCCUGACUUCCUCAUCAUGAGCAUUGGGGCGCAUGAGGUAAUAGGGUGGAAUCGCCGCCCCCCGCCUGACCUGGAUGUAGCCACGUUCAAGAAGGACACGGAGGAGCUGCUACAGCUGCUACGAGGGAGCUAUAACCGGGAUAAGGGCAUGCUGCUGUGGUGGAAGGCGCACUACAUCUGGCCAGGCAAGGUUACUGGACAAGACUAUUUCACCGUGCGGCAAUACCAUGAAAUAUAUCAAGAUUAUUCGUACAAACGAUUCCAGGAGGAAGGCUACACUACAGCAGAUUUCUAUCAGACCACAGAGGAUCGGCCGGAGCUUAUAUGGAAGCCAGAUGGAGUACACUACGGCUCUGAAGCUUUGGCUGUACACUCCAAGAUUCUAGCUAACAUAUUGUGCAAUAAAAAAUAG